UCUUUAGGGUUUAAACAUUUAUUUCAUGGGUCAAUAUUUGUUUUAGGAGGGCUUUGCAUAAUUUCAGAACUAAGCUGCAGUACAGAGUGACUUGGAGGGUUGACACUACUUUCUACAGAGAAUUAAACCCAUCUAUGAGUAAUCUUUCUCACUGGCAGAUCGGCAGCAGAAGUUAGUUAUUUAAGGUCAUUGAUCCUAUUGUGUUUAAAAACACACCUAAAUGCAACUCAGCAAACUCCCAAAUCUCUGCUUUCAUAGAGGUGCUCACAUGUGUUGACAGUCAUUUAAUCAACUCUCGUAAGGGCUUUUUGUUAAAUAAUAAGAUGGGAUAAAAACUCAUGUUUGGGUUAUUUGAGGUUUUAUUUACUCAUUUUUAUUUACCUCAUUUUAAGGCCUGCUAAAGAACAGAUUACUUUUAUUUUAUCCUGUUGUGUAAAAUCUUAUGAGUAUACUGGAAGUGAAGUUACCUGAAAAGAAAGUUAAAAUCUGAAAUGACACCCAAAAAAUAUAUCUCAAAACAUGUCUUUUUAUUAAUUGUAUUUUAAAUUCAUCAAAUCAUUUGGGAUCACACUUAGUUUUUUUUAAUUACUUUGUUCAUGUUAAAAAAAAAAUCUGGUGCAUAUUUGUUACUAAUAAGCCAAAAAUAAGUGCAUAUAAUUAAAGUGUGAGUAGUAGCAGAGUGCCUUUUGAUGCCGUAAAAGUUUAUUACACACUGAUGAUCAUGUCACAGUAACCUGUGUGUCUGAUGUUUGAUCAGUAGCUUUAUCUCUUUGGGCCUCCUGGGUUAUUGUGUAAAAUGAAAAUAGGUCACUUGUUUUCCAGCUCGCAGCCACAUUUCCUCUCCUGUUUGUUGGAACAAAGUUAAAAUGUUUUUCACCUGGACUUUGCUGGCCCUGCUUUUUACGUUGAUUUUUCUGUGAGUAUUCCUCCAAAGCAAUAGCUGGGUGUCAUCCUGGCAGAGUUUUUUAUUUUUUACUGUCCAACUGAUGAUCCCAAUUUUUUUUCCUUUUUUUGUAAUACAGAUAUGGAAUAUGGCCAUAUCGGUUCUUCAAAAAGCUGGGGAUACCUGGACCUCGCCCCCUGCCUUUUAUUGGAACGAUGCUGGGCAUGAGGAAGGUACGCACAGAAACCAAACUCACCUUAGAGACUGGGAUAUGAAGAGCUGACUGAUUUGAUCCUUGAGAAUUCGAGAUGAGGAUUUCUUGCUUUUGACAGAGAGUGCCAUGCCAAGUAUGGGGACAUCUGGGGGUUGUACGAUGGACAUACACCGGUGUUAAUGGUGACCGACCCUGAGAUUGUUAAAACUGUGAUGGUAAAAAAGUGCUACUCUUUAUUUACCAACCGCAGGGAUUCUGGUUUCUUCAGCGAACCUCUGGAUGAUGCAGUGGCAGCAGUGAAAGACAAACGGUGGAAACGGAUUCGCAACACUCUCUACACUCUCUCUCCAUGCUUCACCAGUGGAAGACUGAAACAGAUUUUUCCCCUCGUUGCUCGCUAUGCAGAACGACUUGUUGCAAAACUUGAGGAAACGAAUUUAGAUGAACCCAUCAAUGUCAAACAGUUUGUAGCUCCUUACAGUUUGGACACUGUGACCAGUGCUUCUUUCAGUGUGAAGACAGACUCCAUAAACAAUCCAAACGACCCUAUUAAUGUUCAAAUUAUGAAGGUCCUUAAAGUCAACACUGGGCUUUUCUUUUUGCUAAUGGCAUUUCCCCUCAGUCGUCGUCUGUUAAAGCAGCUCAAAAUUGAGAUCAUGCCCGAAGAAAACAUAAACUUUUUCCUCAACAUUAUCAAGCAAUUUAAAGAUGAGCAUCAUGAAGCCAAAUCUACACGACCAGACUUCCUGCAUGUGUUGAUUCAAAGUGAGAUCCCAGAAAAGAACUAUAAGAACAAUGAAGAACAGCCAAGUAAAGGUUUGACUGAGCAUGAGAUACUUUCCCAGGCCUUCGUCUUCACCCUUGGAGGCUACGACACCACUAGUAACACUGUUACUCACAUCCUUUAUAAUCUGGCUACAAACCCUGAUAUGUUGCAGACCUUACACAAAGAAAUCGAUGAUAACCUGAAGGAAGAUGCGCCCAUUUUAUACGAGGAGCUGACCAGUCUAAAGUACCUGGACCAAGUUAUACUUGAAUCAAUGCGACUGUUUCCCGUUGCCCCUCGCCUCGACAGGGUGUGCAAAAAAACUGUCAAAGUGAAUGGCCUCACCAUCCCUGAGGGAACUGUGGUUGGAAUUCCUGUGUGGGUGUUGCACAAAGACCCAUGCUACUGGGACUCACCUGAGCUUUUCAGACCAGAGAGGUUCAGUAAAGACAGCGGGGAGGAGGUGAACCCAUACACCUACAUGCCAUUUGGACUCGGCCCUCGUAACUGCGUUGGGAGGAGCUACGGCCUACUCACCACGAAGAUGGUUAUUGUCAGUCUCUUGCAGAAGUACACUUUGGAAACAUGCAAAGAGACCAUGAUUCCACUUCAGUUUGACUGGAAGUUUCAGCCAGUUCAGCCUGUAAAACUCAAGUUUGUUCUCAGAAAAGAGUAAUCUAAGAGGGAACGUCUCCAAAUCCCAUCAAACAUGUUUUUAUAUCUGCUGCCAAGAUAAAUUCACUGAGUUGAUAUUUUCAACUAUUUUAAAAUGUUAUUGACAGUGGCGCGGCUGCCCCUCUGUUGGUCUUCCUUGGUCUCUUGUGUUCUGGGGGCCUCUGGAUGUCUGGAGUUUUG